UUUAUUGUGAUUUUAAGUUCUAUGGUUUAUCAUAAAGUCCAGGUAUUCAGAAAUAAAAACAGAUUCUUUUGGCUUAAUUAUUUUGAUACCCAGAUCUUGUUUCCUUUGGAUGGGAAAGAAACUUGACAAGAUAGUCUAAUUCCAUUUUGCUGGAACCGCUACUUUUAAAGCACAACUCCAUCAUGGGUAAGGAUCAAACACCUCAUUCUUCCAAUUUCCCAGCGCUAAAUUCAAUAUUUACUCUUAACAGUUUCGAUAUGUGGUAAACAUUAUGCCAUUAUUUGUUGACUUAGUUGGAUUUAAUCAUCUCCUCUGACCAUUGAAUCCUAUAGAAAUUUCCUUUAAUUAAUUUAUCUUCAUUUGGCCUAUGCUUUUGUUUUGAGACCUUGUUCAAAGGCUGAAAGUUUCACUUAAUUUGGUGAUGCACCCAAAGAAGCCGUCCUCAACUGGAUUAAAUUGUUUAUUUAUUUAUUUUGGACAAUUUCGGUUGCUCCCAUACUGAUUUCCUUAUAUAGAAUCUUUUAUAUGAGAAAUUGCAGUCCUUAGAUAUGAAAGAUUCAAUUGAAUGGUCUCUUUCACUCUUGGGUUCUUAGUCUUUUGUUAUCUCGAGAUGUUAUUCAAAGUGCUUUGAUAAUUUCACCUUUGAUCUCAAAAUGGGUAUUCUUACUUUUCACUGUCUUAUGGUGAAUCAAUGCUCUUAUUAGUUCACACAGAAUCCUUCCCUCUCUAUCUCAUAUACUUUAUGAUGUUUAGUCUGCUGUAGUUUUGGAAUGCUUCACGCUUUUCAGAAUUAUUUCAUUCCCAUCUCCUAAACAGAGCUGACAAGAACAAAUGACUUAUUCUUAUCUUAUGCUUGAAGUCUUGGGGAAUAUAGGGGACAUGAUUCUGCAAGUAGAACCUCUUAAUUCUUUCGAAUAACGUAGGCUGUUUGCUUUUGUUUUGUCAUAUAUAGAAUUUUGAAGUAGAUUAGUCCUCGUUCUCGUUGGGGUUUGUGGUUUGUCGAUAGAUUUGAUUGUUCUUAAAUGAAUACCAACAAGGUCAGGCCUCAUCUAUGUAAUCUUAGAUCAUCGAGUGAUGCUCAAUUUGAAUUGGUGAACUCUUCAUGUGGAAAUGUUAGUUCAAAAGAGAGAUGGACUCCUUUAAAGCAUACUCAGAAAAAUAUUGGUGAUUCUAUUGGUUCAUAUAUGCAAUCCGAGGCGGCUUCAUCAUCCCUGGCCUUCAUGCUUCCCAGUCUUUCGAAUAGUGGUGCUAAAUGUGUUGGCUCGACUCUUGAUGCCUUCUAUGCUGCUGAAAGAUUAAUGGGUUUUCCUAAUUUUGGGUACCAACUUGAUACUCUUCCAUCAUUCUCUCAAUCAGCAAAGGAUUCUUUGGAAUCUCAACUCUCCAUGAACUCAGAGAAUCUAAGUGAUUCUGUUUCUUGUAGAGAGGGUACAUUGGAAUCUCUUGUGAAGUUACCUGUGCAGGGGGGUUGCAAUUCUAUGGUUUUUGAUGAUGCACAAAGAUUUCCAGAUGGGAGUCCUCAAAAUUGUUUCGUUGUAUGUGAUCCAUUGAAUUCUUUGGUAAACGACCCUAGCCUACAGUCUGAAAAUGAUAAGGGAUUAUCAAAGAUAUCUACUGUCGUUGCCCCAAAUAAAACACGAAUAAGGUGGUCUCAGGAUCUCCAUGCGAAGUUUGUAGAAUCAGUUAAUAUCCUUGGAGGUGCAGAUAAGGCAACUCCAAAAGGGAUUUUGAAGCUGAUGAAUUCAGAAGGUCUGACCAUUUAUCAUGUCAAGAGCCAUUUGCAGAAAUAUCGGUCUGCCAAGUUCCUACCCGAGUCUUCUUUAGGCAAAGCUGAUAGAAGAGCCUCAACUAGUGAAGCAGAACAGAUUGACCCAAAAACUGGUUUGCAAAUUACUGAAACAUUGAGGAUGCAGCUAGAAGUCCAGCGGAGCCUCCAUGAGCAGCUAGAGGUUCAACGGAAGCUCCAGAUUAGGAUCGAAGAGCAGGGAAAGAAACUUCAAAAGAUGUUCGAGGAACAACUGAAAGCAAAUGGAAGUACCUUUGAGCAAGAAAACUCAGAAACACUUGCUCCUAAUGAGGAUACAGUAUCUCUGGAAGAUGAUCAAAUUUUAAUUCCUGAAGAAGGAUCCAGGAACACUAACUCGCCAUCGAAAAUCAGUUAGGGAAAAGAACAACGGGUAACAUGAAUCUCAGACUUUUUUGAUCCCAGGUAAAUACAAAGAUGUUUAAGAUAGGACAUAGAUUAGAUGGAAAGCUUGUUUUGUAUUGUAGAUAUUGGGAAACAUGUCUGUUCUAUUUCUGUAUUUCGUUUGAGAUGAUGUCUUCUGUCACUUGAAAUUUGCAUACAUCAGUUACUAAAUAUGUUACCCCCGUUGUUUA